AUGCACGCUCUAAAUAUAAGGCAAAUUAACUUUAAGGAAAUUGUUGAUGAUGCAUUCACAAGUCAAUUAUUGACUGAGUUUCCGGUGGUGUUUUCUGAUAAACUGGGAACUUGUAAAAAAACUCUUCAAUUAGAGCUGACGGAUAAGGAACCCGUGUAUGUUCGCGCGAGGCCCGUACCUCUCACGUUGCGCGCUCGGGUCGAGCAAGAGCUCAUGCGUCUCGAGCGAGAGGGCACAAUAUAUCGCGUCGAUCAUUCCGAAUAUGGCACGCCGAUAGUACCAGUUGUCAAGGAGUGUGGGGAUAUACGGAUAUGUGGGGAUUAUAAAAUAACUAUUAACCCUAAACUAAAACGGGACUAUUAUCCUCUGCCCAGGAUGAAGGAAUUAUUUGCUUCCCUAAGUGGUGGAGUGAAAUUUUCGAAAAUUGACUUGAAACAUUCAUAUCAACAAGUGUUACUGAGCAAAGAUUCCCAACCAUACACUGCAAUAACUACACAUAUAGGAACAUUCGUAUAUCGCUGCACUUAUUUCGGCUUAUCAUGUAUUUCCGAAAAGUUUCAAAACUUAUGGAAGAAACUCUGCGGGGUAUACCCGGGACAGUAG